AUGCAUGAAAGAACUCAUACAGGAGAAAUACCCUAUGAAUGUAAACAAUGUGGUAAAGCUCUGCGAAGCCACAGUUCCCUUCAAAGACAUAAAAUAGCUCAUGCUGGGAAGAAACCCUAUGAGUGUAAACAGUGUGGCAAGUCCUUCAUUUAUCCCUAUUUACUUCAAACCCAUGAAAGAUCUCAUACUGGAGAGAAACCCUAUAAAUGUAAUUUAUGCAGUAAAGCCUUUAGCUGUUCUUCUUUCCUGCAAAGGCAUGAAAGAAUUCAUACUGAGGGAAAACCCUAUGAGUAUAAGCAGUGUGGCAAAGCUUUCAGAGGUCAUAGUUCCCUUCGAUUACAUGCAAGGUCUCACAGUGGGGAGAAACCAUAUAAAUGUAGUAUAUGUAGCAAAGCCUUCCUGUGCCCCUCUUUCCUUCGAAGACAUGAAAGAACUCACACUGGGGAAAAGCCCUACAAAUGCAAAAAUUGCAGCAAAACCUUCAGAGGUCAUAGUGCUCUUCAGUUACAUGAACGAUCUCAUAUUGGAAAGAAACCCUAUAAAUGUAAGAUCUGUAGUAAGGCCUUCCUAUGUCCCUCUUUCCUUCAAAGACAUGAAAGGAUUCACUAUGAAGAAAAGCCCUAUGCAUGUAAACAUUUCUCAUGUUGGGGGAAACCUUAUGAAUGUAAACAAUGUGGUAAAUCCUUCAUUUAUCCAUGUUUACUUCAAGUUCAUAUAAGAACACACACGGGUGAGAAACCCUAUAAAUGUAAACAAUGUGACAAAGCUUUCAGAAGUCUCAGUUACCUUCGGAUACAUGAAGGAAGUCACACUGAGGAAAAGCCCUAUGAAUGUAAACAGUGUGGGAAAACUCUCAGUUGUUCUAGUGCUCUGCAGUUACAUAGAAGGACACACACGGGUGAAAAGUCCUUUGUGUGUAAACAGUGUGGGAAAGCCUUCAGGGGUUUCAUUUAUCUUCAAGUACAUGAAAGGACUUACACUGAAGAAAAACCUUACGAAUGUAAACAGUGUGGGAAAACUCUCAGCUGCUCGAGUUCCCUUCAACUACAUGAACGAACCCAUACUGGAGAAAACCCUUAUGCAUGUAAGCACUGUGGUAGAGCCUUCAGAGGUCUCAGUCGUCUUCGAGUACAUGAAAUAAUUCACACUGGUGAAAAACCCCAUGAAUGUAAACUAUGUGGUAAGGCCUUCAAAUAUCAUAGUUUACUUCAAGUACAUGAAAGGACCCACGCUAGUGAAAAGCUUCAUGCUUGUAAACAAUGUAGUAAAGCCUUCAAAAGUCUCAGUAAUCUUCGAAUACAUGAAAAAACUCAUAGUGGUUUCUAUGAAUGUAAACAGUGUGGCGCAACCCUCAGUUCUUCCAAUUCCCUUCAAGUACAUGAAAGAGUUCAUACUGGAGAAAAAUCCUACAAAUGUGAACAAUGUGGUAAAACCUUUAGGCAUCUCAGUAAUUUUCAGGUACAUGAAAAAACUCAUGCUGAAGGAAAACCAUAUGAAUGUAAACAAUGUGGUAAGUCCUUCAUUUAUCAGUAUUUACUUGAAAAGCAUGAGAAGUCUCAUACUGCAGAAAAACCCUAUAAAUGUGUGGUAUUCAGUAAAGCCUUCACUUGUCCCUCUUUCCUUCAAGGACAUGAAAGAAUACAUAGUGGAGAAAAACCGUAUGAAUGUGUACAAUGUGGUAAAGCAUUCAAAGGCCUCAGUUUCCUUCAGUUACACAAAAGAGCCCAUGCUGGAGAAAAGCAUUAUCGAUGUACAAAGUGUGGGAAAACCUUCCGAUGUCAUAGUCUCCUUCAAGCACAUGAAAGAACGCAUGCUGGUGAAAAACCCUAUGAAUGUGAAGGAUGUGGCAAAACCUUCAAAAGUGCUGGUUAUCUUCAAAUACAUGAAAAAACGCACAGUGGUUUCUAUGAGUGUAAACAGUGUGGUAAAAUUCCCAGUUGUUCAAGUUCUCUUCAGUUACAUGAAAGAACUCACACCGGAGAAAAACCUUACGAAUGUAAGCAAUGUGAUAAAGCCUUCCGAAGUCACAGUUCCCUUCAAAUGCAUGAAAAAAAUCAUGCGGAAAAACCCUAUGAAUGUAAACAGUGUGGUAAAGCUUUGAUAAGUCGUAGUUCCCUUCAGAGGCAUAAAAUGGCUGGGGGAAAACGUUAUGAAUGUAAACAAUGUAGUAAAUCCUUCAUUUAUCCAUAUUUACUUCAAAUUCAUGAAAGAUCUCACACCGGAGAGAAACCCUGUGAAUGCAAAGACUUGUAGUAAGGCCUUUACAUGUUACCGUUCCCUUCAAAGACAUGAAAAAACACAUACCUGAGGAAAAAAUCUCUAUGAAUGCAAACAAACAUGCAAUCACAUUUUAGAAUUUCUAGCUCUCUUCAACUGUGUGGAAGUACUGGGAAAAGAGCUAAUGAAUAUAAAACAGAUGGUGAAGUCUUUAGUUUUUUUGUUGUUGUUUGCUAUGGAAAGCUUGGAAGGACUCACUGAAGAAAAUUUCAUGAAUCUGAGAUGUGUUAAGACCUUCAAUUUCAUUUGAAGACAUGAAAAUAUCUGGUGUCAAGACCCAUGAGUGAAUGGAAUAUGAUGUUUCGUUUCCUAGACAUCCACUCAGAUUCAUAAGCUAAUGGAGGUAGUCAUAUAGAAACAUACUGGAUUGAAACUACUGCAGUUUGGAAAGUAAAGCGUGUAUUUUAACCACACUAACAAUCAUGUGAUAAGUCCACAUGGAAAAAGAUCCUACAAAUUUAUGUGUGUUGAAAUGCUGAAGCAAAGCAUACUAAAAGUUUCAUGUGAUUUGUGUUUAAAGAAGCUCUCAGCUGCACCUGAUAGUCUAGGCCUGUACUCUUGGGUACUCUGGUUUUGAGGUAAGUGAUAGCAAGUCUAGGGCUUGCCCAAAAAACUUAGUGAGACCAGUCUCAAUAGAAAUUAAAAAAAAAAAAAAAUAAGUAACUCAUUUGUUUAGCUCUAGUCUCCCAGUUUAAUUCUUAGUCCCACUAUCAAGAGAAAUGACAAGGUUCCUAGGUCAUGAAUUUCCAUUUCUUUUGCAGGAAAACACUGAGAUGAAAGUUCUCUAAGUGUAUACAUGAACUUUUAACAGCAGAAAUAGUUGCCAGUAUAGAUUGUUAGAUAAUUUCCUAAUCACAGUGUACAUAUUUUUAUAAUGUAGACAACCACACACUUAGGCUACAUGGUGUAAGUUCAAGACUCCACUAGUCUAUGGAAUGCUCCUUCAUUACAUAUUUUCGGAAUAGUACCAAUAAAUAUGUAUCAAAAAAAGAUUUGGCAUAAAAUAAAUAUUCUACCUAUGAAUACUAUUUACUACGAGUAGAGUUUUCAGGACUCUAUUUUGUUCUAUCGGAGACUUAGGUGAACAUAAACUAGGAUGCAUUAGUCUACUGUAAACUUUACCAAUGCUGCAGACUUAGUUUAUAGUAUAUUGAUGUUUUCCGAAAGAAUACAUUUGCUUACGGUUUUACAAUGUAUAUGAUUUUAAUGCUUUUGAUUUUUGUAAUAACACUGCUUAAAAUGUAACUAUUUUACAAUUAAGACUAUUUCUUUGUAUGCUUACUCAGUAAUUUUUUCAUUGUGGAUUUAUAUUUUAAAAAAUAUGAAAAAAAGUGUUAUCAUUUAGAACGCUGAGGCAGGAGGUUGGUAUCUGUGCUUUCAGCUGUAUAUGUCCAUUGAUUUUCAUGCUUCUGACAUCACUUACCCUUGUUGUAUCAUAUGAUUUAACUGUACCUCGACUUUGUUCUGAUCAUACAACUUGUGCAUUGC